GGGGUCGUGAUUUCGAACAGCUCGCUCGUUCAUCGGCACUAGCAGCAGCUGCAAAAUCGGCAGAGCCGUGCAGACGCACACAAGUUGUCGAGGUCGGCGCCCCGCCAGUUCGCCAAUUCGCUCGUCGUAGAUUUGUAGGAUCCGUUGGAAAACAUCGGGAGAUUGCCACUCUCAAGGCGAGCAGGCCAGAAAUUCGAUAAAAAAGACGCCCGUGUAAUCAACUUUGGGGUGAACAGCAGAUUUUGAUUGGCUGUUUUUUGACAGGAGGAGGGUAUCAGUUGAUUUUUGUUGGGUGUCGGAGGACAGCGAUUCCGCCAGGCUCGUCGAGAUGAAGUUCAGUAAUACGCUUAUUGUGAUAUGGAAUACUAUUACUCUUCUGGGCUCGGCUGUAAUUAUCGGAGCCGGCAUUUGGUUGGCCACGAAGCAUGAAAAUACCACCUGCAUCAAAUUUUUGCAGUGGCCGAUUAUCAUUCUCGGGAUCUUCGUGCUCGUGGUUUCGAUAUUCGGGUUCGUUGGCGCGUGCUCGAAAAAUGUGUGCUUCUUAUGGAUCUAUCUCGCGGUGACGUUCAUCCUCAUUCUGCUGCUCGUCAUUUUCACCAUCUUCGCUUUCGUAGUCACCAACAAAGGUGCAGGGGAAGCGCUAUCCAAUAAAGGAUUCAAGGAGUACAGACUCGGGGACUAUUCAAACUGGCUGCAGAAGCGCGUGGAGAAGCAGAGCAACUGGGACAAGAUCCAGAGCUGCUUGGCCGAUGCCAAGGUCUGCAACGAUAUGAACAACGACUAUCCUACAGAAGCUGCCUUCAACGCCGCCAAUCUUACCCCACUAGAGUCUGGCUGUUGCAAGCCGCCCGUGGAGUGUAACUUCCAAUUCGUCAAUGCAACGGCAUGGACCGCGCCGACUCCAAUAACCUCGAACAAUACCGACUGUACUAAGUGGAGUGACGAUCCAAAGAUUCUUUGCUUCGAAUGUGAUUCGUGCAAGGCUGGAGUUCUACAGAAUGUUAAAAAGGACUGGCGCAAAGUGGCGACAGUGUUAAUUGUCACUUUGGUCAUCAUGAUCAUCGUGUACACUAUUGGUUGCUGUGCAUUCAGAAAUGCUCGCAGGGGCGGUUCUUACACGAAGCAAGGUUAUGGACCAUAGAGUUUGAGAAGAGAAUCAUCACAUGUAGUUAUUCUUCUGCGCAGGUAGUCAGACAAUUGUUACCGUCUUUCGUUCGCGUACGCUAUUGGAGACUAGUGUAAAAUUGCAUACGCAGAUACGUAUAGCGAUCGAUUUUGUGCAUAAAUUGUAUUUUGGCUUGGAAGGACGCUACUGUCCCAUUUUGUGAUCGUCUGCUACGGUCGAGAAACAGCAAUAUUUUGUUGAUUAGCAUAGGUACUUUAGGUUGCGACCAGGUCAUUCAUUCCUGUGCUCCAGAUAGCAUUUCAAUUCAAAGGCCCG